AUGACUGAAGCAAUUUCUUCACCUCCACUUCCUGCUAGACCACAGCUACAACACAAUUUAUCUUCACAAAAAAGUGAUCUUUCCACAAAAUCACUUCCUGAUCUUCCGUCAAGUAAAAUUAGAUUUGAACCAAAUGAUAAUGUAUCAUUUAUAUCAGCAGUUAGACAAAUGGAACUUUAUGAAGCACCUUUUAUGAAUGAAACAAAUGAUUAUUUAGUAGUGGAAAACAAUCAUACUCAACCAACAUUAACCACAGAAAAUGAAUUCUGGAAUAAAUUGAUAUUCGAUUACUCCAAUGAAAUAAUUAGAAAAAGGGAAGUAGAUUUAUUAGAAAAUGAAAUAUUAAAAGGAAUACCACCUACUAUCAGGUCAACAAUUUAUAUAAAAACUCUUCAAACAAAUUAUAAGUUUACCAACACUCAUACGUUUGAAGAUUUGAAAAGAAAAGCAAGUCGUUAUAAUGGUGAAGUUUCAAAACUUGUCAAAAGUGGAAAUUCGAAGGAUAUUUUACUGAUUUUUUAUUCAAUGUUUCCCGAAGACGGAUUGAAAAAUGCAAGCAAGUUUUUGGGUGGGGUAACCGAUUUAAUAAUUGAUAUUCCUGAUCUAUCAGAUGAAGAUAAAAUUUUUAUCUUAUUUAAAAUAUAUAAAGUAUACGUAAAUGAGAAACAAGAAGAUUUUGUUUAUAAAAUAAACAGAUCUUUUGAAGAUCAUUUGGGUUGUUUCAAGCAUAUUGCAAGUCAAGGUAUUAAUUGGUCAAAUUAUUAUAAAAGUAUACUCCCAAAAUUUUUCGAAUUGGAUGUUGAAACAAGUUUAUUAAUAUUAGAUUUAUUCAUAUUUGAAGGAUUUGAUUUUUUACUACGGUUAAUAUUAUGGAUUUUCACUCAAAAUGAAGAUAACUUAGCUGAGUUAAAUGGAGAAGAAUUAUCAAAUUACAUAACUUCAAUUGAAUUUUUAACAGAGAAUGAAUUAAAUUUCAAAGAAAUACUAGAGCUUAAUCCUUCUAUCAUAAAAUAUGAAAAUGAGUUAUACCUCAUCAAAUCCAACUCAAUGAAUAAUAACAGUAACGAACUAAAAAACUUGAUAGAAAUUAAUGAUGAUUUACAGAUCAAAAUCAAUGAGCUAAAUCUGAAAAUUAAUAAUCUUCAAAUCACUCAUACUGAAAUAUCAGAACAAAGUGAAGAAUACCAUACCAACCUCACAAAAGCAGAAACCAAAAGACAAGAUCUUAUCACCAAAAGAGACCAACUUAAGGAAAAAUAUGAACAUUUAACAAUGAAAGAAAAUCUACUAAAUACAAUCAAAGCUAAUAAAGAAUUUUCAGAAAGAAAUGAAGAAUUACAACAACAACUAACAAAUUUGCAGAAAUCAGUAAGUGAUAAAAAGCAAAAACUAGUAGCAACUUAA